AUUUGAACCAUUUACAUAUUGAAUAACUACAGUGCUAACUUUGGGUUUUAUGCGCUACCUUGUUGUGUUAUGGAUUCCUAUGAUGUUAUAACAAACCAGCCUGUAGUUAUAGAUAUAGGUACAGGUAUAUUGAAAGCAGGUUUCGCAGGUGAUCAAGUACCAAAGUACCGAUUUCCAAAUUAUAUUGGCCGUCCAAAACAUGUUAGAGUUAUGGCAGGUGCUCUUGAAGGUGAUGAUUUUAUUGGUCCUAAAGCAGAGGAACAUCGUGGUUUAUUAAGCAUACGAUAUCCUAUUGAACAUGGUAUUAUUCGUGACUGGAAUGAUAUGGAACGUAUUUGGGCUUAUAUAUAUGGCAAAGAUCAAUUGAUGGUUAAUAGUGAAGAACAUCCAGUUUUAUUGACAGAAGCUCCACAUAAUCCAAAAAGAAAUAGAGAGAAAAUGGCAGAAAUAUUCUUUGAAACAUUUAGUGUACCUGCGCUUUACAUUUCAAUGCAAGCGGUAUUAAGUUUAUAUUCCACUGGACGAACUACAGGUGUUGUAUUAGAUUCAGGUGAUGGUGUAACUCAUGCUGUACCUAUCUAUGAAGGUUAUGCUCUUCCACAUGCUAUUGAACGUACAGAUUUAGCUGGUCGAGAUGUAACACGUUUUUUACGUUUAUUAUUACGUAAAGAAGGUGCUGACUUUCAUACAACAUCAGAAUUUGAAAUUGUUCGCCAAAUAAAGGAACGUGCAUGUUUUAUUAGUUUAAAUCCAAGUAAAGUUGAAGCAAUGGAAGCAUUAGCUUCAUAUCCAUUACCAGAUGGUUCUACAUUAGAAAUUGGUCCAGCACGUUUUCGUGCACCAGAAUUACUAUUUCGACCAGAUUUAAUGGGUCAAGAAUAUUUUGGUAUUCAUCAAGUAUUAGCUUAUGCCAUUCAAAAAUCCGAUAUGGAUUUAAGACGUAUGUUAUAUGAAAAUAUUGUACUGUCAGGCGGUUCGACGCUUUUCAAAGGUUUUGGUGAUCGUCUUGUUUUAGAAUUAAAACGUUUAGCUCCAAAAGAUGCACAUUUACGAAUAUCUGCACCACAAGAACGUUUAUAUUCUACAUGGAUUGGUGGUUCUAUUCUAGCUUCAUUAGAUACAUUUAAACGUAUGUGGAUAUCAAAAAGAGAAUAUGACAGUGAAGGUGCACGUGUUCUACAUCGUAAAUUUCUUUAAAUGAUAAAGAAAAUACAAUUAUUCAUUCUUUCAUUUUUCUAAUUGAUCAUCUCAAUUGGGAACAACAACAACAACAACAACAAAAAGUAUUACUAACUCAAAGGAAAAUGGUUGUAUGUGUGUUGUGUAUAUUGAUUAAUAUAGGAUCUGUAUUUUCAUUGAACACAUGCACACAUACACACACAGUAACGUAUAAUCUUUCUUGUUCUUCUCUUCUUUACUCUGAUCUAUUCUACUUGUAAAACAACCAUAUUUAUCAUCAUCAUCAUAAUGAUAGUUGGAUUAUUUGUCAUUCCUUUUGAUUGUGCGUGGGGGGGAGGAGGAGUUGUUUUAUUUUCUGAAAAGACAUCCCAGUUUUACACUAAGAUCAUAAACACCGUACGUAUAUAUGUGUGUGUAUGUAUGUAAUGUAUCCGUCCAUAUCUCUCACAUGUUGUUUUCUAUUUUUUCCUUUCCUUAACUAAUAAGUAACCUCCAUAUGUACUUCUAUCUGAAGAAGUGAAAGAAAGAAUAUCUUUAUCAAUUUCAGUUCUUCUCAUUUUAUUCUGUUCUAUCUUUUUUUUUUAUUCAUUAAAGGAUACUUUUAAUUAAGAGAAAAAAAAAGAAGAAAAAAUAAAGAGAUUUAAAAAAAAAAUUUAAAGAAACCUUAUCUUCUUCAUCUAUUGGUUAGUAUCCAUGUGACUAUUUAUAAGUAAGUUCAUUGUUUAUUUUGUUUCUAGGUUCAUGUAACAGUUUUUUUUUAUUCUAUAAAUUAAUACAAAUUUUAAUUUUGGUGGUUAUUGUUUCUAUAUGAGAAAAUGUUCAGUAUUAUAUUCAAUUCAUUUAUAUAGUUGUUAUUUUCUCUCUUCUUUUUUUUCUUUUCUUCUUGGGCUUGUCAUAUCUCUGUUUUCUUUUCGUUUCAAUGGAAAUAUAUAUAUAUAUAUCUUUUCCGGUGUUGUGUUAUCCCCCCCCGUUCUUCUUUUUCUUUGUUAGUUUUUUCUACCGCAACAUAUGAAUUGCUUACUUAAAUCACACACACACACACAAACAAAAGAGAACAAUAUGCUUUAAAUAUUGUGACGGAUUUAUUCUUGUGUAAUUCUAUUUUAUGUAUAUUCGUCUAUAUGGAUGAAUUAGCUUUUAUUUCAUUAUUAUAUAAUAAUAAUCUGAUUUUUACAUAUCUCUGUUUAAUGUCGAAAACAAUAACAACAAACAGUUUCCCUUAAACAUAUUCUCAUUUCAUUAUAUGUACAUGUAGGUUGUGUGUGUGAUGAAAUAUAUAUGGGCUUGAUGAGUAAA